AUGAGCGUCUCGUCGACACCUGUGACGUUGACACCUCACGCUGCUUGUGAUUUUUUAAAUAAUCUUCUGUCUUUUAUAAUUUUAAAAAGUUUUUUGUUUUAGCAACAGAAAGUGGCAGCGAGAAAGUUCGCAAAAAGGUCAGGGAUGUCAAUGAAACUGACAGGAAAUGGAAAGAAAUCAAAAAGUCUUCCACUGAUUCAAUUAAAAAUAAUUAUUUUUCUCAGAUUAUUAGCGGACAGGGAAUCGAAAGCAUUGCAACGAGCCGAGCUGAGGGUCAAACUAACAGUAGCCGUGGAACGACUCAGCAAAAGCGUUACAGUAAGAGUUUUCGUUAAAUCGUAAACCGCUACUCCCUGACGUCACUUUAUGACAUCAUUCGGGACACAGGAAAUAUAGUGUAUUCAGAUUUUGAAUGUCAAGUCGUCGCUCAAGCUCCGCCCCUAAUGGCGCGAUAAACCAAUCAGAGAGCGAGCCAUCCACAGAGUGUUUUUUUGAAUGACGUCAUUACACUUGACAUUAAAAAUCUGAACAGACUAUAAGCGUAGUCGAAAUAUUUGGCUAUAUAUUUAUUUUAUUUACGUGAAAAAAAUUAAAGAAUGAAAAAGAGCCUGAAUUGCGCCUUUGCAUAAAAAAACUGCGCCCGGAUUGCGUUUGUUAACGUUUUGAAUUUUGCGCCCCCAGUUGAAAAAUUAUAAAAAAACCUUUCAAAAGUUUCUAGAAAAAUAGGAGAAUAAAAAAAGUUUCCAAUCAUAUUGGGAUUUUUUUAGAUGUGAUAUCUUUCUGUUUCUCAUGUGACUGAAAAAAAUUUUUUUCACGUCGAAUCUAAUUUUAUAAAUUUAAAAACGUGAAAAAAACAAAUCAAAAAAAUAUGGCCAACAGGCGUUGAAACCACUGAAAAUAUAUAGCCUAUGCAGUUUUUUUUUUGCCUAUCGCCACUAAGAAUAACUGCCGAGAUAAACACGAGACACUGGCGGUACAUUGACGAGCUCGCAAACAUCUCGCUUUUUUUCUCGCGCCGGUCUCGCAUUUUUCUGGGCGCGAGCUCGCAUUUUUCUAGGCGCGAGCUCGCAUUUCUCUCGCAAUUUGAAAAUUUUCGAAAUGCGAGAUAAAUGCGAGAUGGCGCCAAGAAAAACGCGAACUCGCGCAGAGAGAAAUGCGAGAGCGCGCCUAGAAAAAAGCGAGAUGUUUGCGAGCUCGUCAAUGUACCGCCACCGACCUCGCGUUUAUCUCGUCAGUUAUUCUUAGUGGCCAAGUCAAAAAAAUGACGUCAUUUCGGGGAGUAACGGUUUGCGAUUUAACGCAAAGUUUAAAAUAAGUGUGGGAAUAAAAUAAUUAGACUUUUAAUUUUGAGCGUACAAAUGGCAUGGUGACGGAUCCGUUCCAGCACCUGUCCCAACGCCUGGCAGCCAUAACCUCCCGGCUCGAUGGGUUCCAAAUCACAAACCAAAAAGUUCGCAUUGCAAUUUCAAAAAACGAGAUACACUUUUUUUCAGUUUCAUUCUUUAAUUCGUGAAAAAAUGAUCGAAGUUGACGAUCAUCAGACGGAGGCAAGCCGAGACAUUGAGGAAAUGAAAAGAAGUGUUCGGAGAGCCUUGAAAAACGCUUUACGGCUAAAUGUUAGUACUAAAAUGGAAGGUCAUUUUGUGGGAAGUUCUUGAAAACUGGUCAGGAUGCUUUUUGAUGUAUCUGAAACAGAUCCUGGAAUUUUUAGCCUGAACAACUUUCGAGGAAGUCCAAAAAAACGUCGAAAAGAACUCUAAAAAUAAGCCCUUUUGGGGCUUGGAGGUCUUAUUUCUCAAAAAAAUGGAAGUCGUGCAGGUUGAAUCUUCCGUGAUGCUUUUCUGGUACGACAAGGAGUAUUUUGGCCAAUAUUCAAGAAAAUCCCAAAAAAUUCACGGAAUCAAAGAGUAUUCAAUCAUUGGAAUCAUAUGGAUAGAAACAUAGUAUUUGAGUAUGAAAAAAAUAAGUUCAGAUCUAAACUUGAGAAAUGGUUUGAAAACAACAUUACAGAACUAAACACUCUUGAUCCAACAAAAAAAUAUGAAAGCUACAUAAUCGACAUUUAAAAGAAUAACUUCAAGGUUAUUCCAAUUUACUCAAGUGGGGGGUUAACACGACCGCGAGUCCUCUUCCCUCCAUCACCACAAGUUCCGACACAUAUGUUCCCAAAUUCUCCCUACAUCUAUUUCGUGAAAUUUAGUACUUGUGUGUGAGAAAUAAAACAUUUUGAUGAUGAAUUCCUAAUGGGGUGAGGGAAGGUGAGCGAGGCGUCAAUUUUCUAAAUUUACAAAAAAAAAGUAAGUGCGCGCUUUGGAUGAAAGGACUGUGACGUCACAGCUACCUAUCGUUGCAAAUUAAUUUGAGUAUUCAACGGCAUGAAAAAUACAUUUGGCUGCGUACUUGAGAUUUCAAAUUUCGCGCCAAAAUUUUUUUUGACGUCUCCCCACCCCGUUUGGGAACGCCGUGAACUUUCAGGAUCCUUUUCUCGUACAACAGAGAGUAUUUCGGCCAAUUUUCGAGAAAAUCCCAUACGCAAAUUGAAAAAACAACACAGGCUAUUAUUUUUUCAGUGGUUUCAACGCCUGAUGGCGAAAAUCUGGUCGACGAUUUACUGGCUCGUUUCUCUGGUUUCCCCAAGCCAAACAUUUUUCAAGCUUAAACGUAAAUAAUUGGAUUAUUAAAAAAAAUAUUUAAUUAAGCAUUUUUUUUUUCAGAGGGAGUAAAUGUAUCCAAUAGCUCCACUAAGACUUUGAGAACGACGCCCAAGUAAGUUCCCGGCUUGGAAGUUAUUUUUUUCCUAAUUUUUAUUAUUCUGGCUUUUCAUCGAGGUUUUUCCAUUCAGAAAUUCCUCAACCAACUCGAGCCAGUUGCUCUCCGUCAAACCUGUGCCAGAAGGAAGUCUUCUUGAACGGAAGACUUCGCCAGUUGCAAUCGUUUCUCCCAUCUCGGUUAACGAAAAAACUGAGCCGCCACGGGCAACGGUUAGUUUAAUAGUUGAAAAACCGCGCAAAAAUCAAAACUAUUCAUUAUUACAAUGAAUAACCGAUUUAAAGGAACAUCAACAGAAGCAGCAAAAGAAGAAAGGCGGAAGGAGCGCAUCGAACAAACGAAGAAUCAAGCUGCGGGUUGUUCCUCCAAAAAUUUUACGAUGAUAAAUCAAAAUUUCAGAUAGAGUGA